UAUCCGUUUAGAAGAUAUAAGGCAGUUAUUCUUAACGCCCGUUGCAGUACUGAAACUACUGUUAAUUGAUCCACACAAUUACAUUUAUCAUAACAAAUAUGAUUUUGAAAACAUCUUCUGGCAUUUUGUUGUGUAUCUUGUGCAGUUUAUUCGGUGUAACAUAUUCGAGACUUGCACCUGAUUACAUUCGACCUUGUAAUGAUACAAAUAGCGAAUGCUUAAUAAAAGCAACACAGGAUGCGAUUCCAGAGUUUGUCAAAGGACUUCCACAUCUAGGCGUACCUCCGUUGGACCCAUUUACAAUAGACAAACUGUCUAUCCCGCUCAGCGGUCUCAAGGUCACGUUUUACCAAGGAAAAGUUAGUGGCUUCAGAAAAUGCAUUGUCGAUAAUGUUAUAUCUGAGCUUGAGAAACGUCACUUUGUUUUAGAGUUCCACUGUAACUUGACCAUCAAAGGAGGUUACGACGCCGUAGGAAAGGUGCUUUUGUUUCCCAUUAACGGCGAGGGAGAUGCCAAGAUUAAAUUAACAAACCUCAAAAUGAAAUUGGACAUAAACACAAAGUAUAUAAAAGACGACAAAGGUGUUAAUCAUUUCGCUAUCAAAAGCUACAAAUAUACAUUUGAUUAUGGAGACAAAGUAACAUUUGAUUUACAAAAUCUUUUCAAGGAAAGCAAAGAAUUAAGUAACACAGUGCUGUCAUUCCUUAAUGAAAAUUGGCGGACCGUGUCCGAAGAGUUCGGUAAACCGAUAGUAGACUACGCUGUAGAGUUAGCGUUAAAGACAAUAGAAAAGUUCUUCCUGGUCGUUCCCUACGAAGAACUUAUUAACGUUCCUAUACCUACAUAAGUAUUUGUAUGUUAUUUAGUUUUAGAAUAAAUCCGUCUAUUUUAAA